AUCGACAUGGAAUGGAGAUUACAUUAUCAACCGUGACGAAAUAUGUACACCCUUUGUUAAGGAAAAGGAUUAAGAAGGUCAUAGCAUGGGUGGCAGGACAGCCAUGGUGCUCGCUUUGAUGGAGCCUAAAUUAGUUAAAGCUUUGAUAGUAGUCGACAUUUCUCCGAUUUCAAUACCGGGUAAACACAACAAGUUUUUCCCAAAUCUCUUGAAUGCAAUGAGUCAAGUAAAUUUCACCGACAAAACUGUUCCUAAUGCUAAAAAAGAGGCAGCAAAAGUACUGGAUUCCAUAGGCGCUAACAUUCCUACGAUGCAAUUCAUUCUGAUGAAUGUAGGAAAACGGAAAGAUCAAUCUGUCGGCUGGUUGUGCAAUGUUGAAACGCUCAAGAAAUACCAUAGCGAUAUAGCGUCGUUUCCGGAAGAAAUGAAGAGUAAGAAAUACGAAGGACCCACCCUGUUUAUUGCUGGAGAAAAAUCAAACUAUCUUCCAUAUAUCGCAUCAACUUCGGAAAACGCCGAUGCCGUGGACCUGGCCUACGCCUCCUAUGAGAGUACUGGUGAUACAGAUUGCUCAAGGCCGCCUUUAGUUAUUCUUCAUGGGUUGUUAGGGUCGAAGAAUAAUUGGAAUAGUAUGAGCAAGGCGAUACAUAGAACUACGGGCAGAAAGGUCAUUAGUGUGGACGCCCGCAACCAUGGUGACAGUCGACAUUCAUCGCAGCAUACAUACGUGCAUAUGGCUCAUGAUGUUAUGAAGCUAUUGAAAAAACUGGAGCUGACGAAGGUAUCGGUCCUCGGGCAUAGUAUGGGUGGCCGCACCGCCAUGGUCCUUUCUCUGCUAUGUUCCGACUUAGUAUCCAGUUUGAUAGUGGUUGACAUCUCUCCUGUGAAAACUAGUCCACAAAUUUUCUCCAUGGUUAAUUUAUUUGAUGCCAUGGGAUCUGUAUCCAUUCGCCCGGGCAUUGCUAUGUCAAAGGCAAGAAAACUGGCUGAUGAACAGCUUAAAAACAUCACUCCUGAUGUUAAUUUAAGAAAUUUCUUAAUAACAAACUUGGUGCAAACUAAUUCUGGAGCUUACACAUGGAGAGUCAAUCUACCAGCUUUAAAAGAAAACUUUCAAAAUCAUAUAGCCUGUUUUCCAAAUAACUUGAGAGGUCUGCAAUACUGUGGGCCAUCACUUUUUGUGGGAGGAUCUCUGUCAGACUAUAUUGGAAAAAAUGACAUAAAAGACAUACAAGAAUAUUUCCCAAUGGCAGAAUUGGUAUUUGUUGAAGGGGCAGGCCACUGGGUCCACAGCCAAAAACCGGAGAAAUUCCUAGAAAUUAUAUGCAAAUUCCUUCAAGAGAAGUAAAACAUAUGAAUCAUCUGGAAGAGUGAAAUUUUAGAGGAAAUUUAUAGUGAAAUUAUGAUAAAUCAGUCUUUGAAAAUUGCACUAUCAAUUUAGUAAAAUUGUUUUUCUAUGACUGUAAUUUGAUACUCAAUUAAACAUUUCACAUUCGGGUUAUUUGUAAAAUACUAAAACCCUCGCAGGACUAUAUUACCAACAUCAUAUACAACAAAUUAUGUUUUAUGAUUUUUUACAAAACAUAAUAAACUUACCAAAAGCAAACUUAAAUUUAUGUAGUACUAUCCGACGCUUUAAAGAUCUCUAUUUGACAGUAAGUUCAAACGUGCAAGCGUCCUCCUCGACGACGACCUCCAUCUCGCUCCUGCAUUUUGCAUCGGACAUUAUAGUCCAUUUGUUUAGGUACCUGUACUUAACUAAAUGUAAACAAUGUUGAGAAGUCUAUUUAAAAUAUACAUUUAUAAAAUGAUUUUUACUUCACUUCAAAUACAAAAUACGAAUACUUAGUUUCAUAUGAAAUUGCAUGCCUAUUUUUAUGAUUUGUAAAGCAUAUGUUUUAAAAAAAUGAUGUAUCAAAAUUGUUUACAUUUACUUAACUACCUAAACAAAUGGACUAUAGCGCUUUCUUUGAUUACCGCACAGAGUUUUCAUCUUUUUAAAUAUUUUUGUCUUUAAACGUAAAUAAAUGUGAUUAAUUUAAAAGUACCAGAACAAAAGUUGUUUAUGAUGUUAAAUAUUAGUCUUUCAAGGGUGUUAGUAUUUUACAAAAUAACCCUGCAUAUUGACAAUGAAGUCAUUGUAAAUAAUUUGCUCUUAUAUUAUUGUUUAUUCUUACUUUUAAAGUCUGAAACAAACAAUUAUUUUGUUGAACAGCUGUAACAAGGAUUUCGAAAUAAAAAAAAUAUUGAGUACUUAGUCUAAUUUCUGAAGUGUAAUCACUUAGCAAAUAUAGGUACAAAUUUUGUGAUUCUCAUAGAUACUAGGUAGGUAUGAUAUUAUUGUUGUGAUUUUAAAUUAUUA